AUGACGAGCAUUGAUGAUAUUUUCAAGAAACCUGCAGUUGGGGGAUCCGGAUCCGCCAAGCGCAAACUAGAGCCCGUUAAAGAUCCCAGUACGCAUCCCCCGCAUGCUUUCGUCACUGAUGAGCUGUAUAAAGCCGCCAAGCUAGAGACCAACGGCGAUGUGAAGAGCAAAGGGAAGGCCCCCGCCGUGGAGGACGGAGAGGAGGAGAGCGAGGUCGCGGGACCGGAACUGCCGCCCGAUUUCGACCAGGAAGAUGUGCCUGACGAUGAGGAGGGCCGCUUCUUCGGCGGAGGUAUGGGGCGGCAGACCGCCCAGGCUAUGGAAUAUCUCGAUCAGCAGGAAAAAGAGCGAGGGGAGGUCGCGGUAGGUGGACAGUCCAUUGCGUGGUGGUGGGCUGAAGGCGAGAUCGAUCUUGGCAUUAGGAACACUGCUAAUCACGGUCUGUUUGCUAGAUUCAUGGCCUCCGAAGCCGACCUCGACACCGAGAUCAAGUCCCUCUCGAUCCUUUCGGAGCAUCCAGAGCUAUACGAAGAGUUCGCGAAGCUGGGCUGCGCGGGCUCAUUGGUGUCGCUCUUGUCGCACGACAACACCGACAUUGCUAUCGAUGCGAUCCAGAUCAUCAGCGAGUUGACGGAUGAAGAUGUGCAAGCUGAACAGGAACAGUGGGACAGUCUGGUCAACGCAAUGGUACGGUCGAAUAUCUCGUCAUAUGGUAACUCACGCAGGGCUAACAAUGUUACAAAACAGCUGGACGCCGAUGUGAUAGAGCUUUUAGUACAAAAUCUCUCCCGUUUGGACGAAUCCAACGAGGCGGACAGAGCGGGAGUUUAUUAUACUCUAAAUGUAUUCGAAAACUUGGCCUCGCAAGCAUCGAUUGCGGAGAAGAUCGGGCAAGAUGCCAACGUCAUGCCUUGGCUCCUGAAGCGUAUACAGCAGAAAGAAACCCCCGUCAGCCAGAACAAACAAUACGCCGCUGAGAUUCUAGCAAUCCUACUACAAUCGUCCACGCAAAACCGGAAGAAGUUCGCCGAGUUAGAUGGAGUCGACGUCCUUCUUCGGCUUCUCAGUGCCUACCGGAGGCGCGACCCUGAGAAAGACUCGGACGAGGAGGAAUACGUGGAAAAUCUGUUUGACUGUCUCACCUGUGUCGUUGAUGAGGACGAGGGUAAAGACAAGUUCGUGGAGGCAGAAGGAGUCGAGCUGGCUCAGAUCAUGCUCAGGGAGGGCAAGCUCAGCAAGCAACGCGCGUUGCGGACUCUCGAUCAUGCCCUUGCGGGCCAGGGAGGUGCUGCUGCCUGCGAACGGCUCGUGGAGAUAGCAGGACUGAGGACAAUCUUUGGCAUGUUUAUGAGGAAGCAAGAGAGUCAGACGAUCGAGCAUCUACUUGGUAUUUUUGCCUCCCUCUUGCGCAUGCUUCCCGGAGGUUCCGCAGCGCGGAUUCGCACACUGGCCAAAUUUAUGGAGAAGGACUACGAGAAGAUCCAGAAACUGAUCACGCUCCGCCGCGAGUACGCCUCCCGAUUAGCGCCUGUCGAACAGGCCAUCGAGAGAGAGCGACGGAGCUUGGACGAGACGGAGCAGGAGGAGAUGGCUGGUGAAUGGCUCUCUCGGCGUCUCGAUGCGGGCCUCUUUUCGUUGCAGACCAUUGAUGUUAUCCUUGCAUGGCUUGUGGCAGAGGAUGACGGCGCAAAGAGUAAGAUCUCGUCUCUCUUGGCCGAUCGGGACGAAGACUUGUCCCUCAUCCGAGCGACUUUGCAAGAGCAAAUGAGCGAUCUUGGCGACGACGACCCUGGCCAGAAGGAUCUAAAAGAGAUGCUUUCAACGUUAAUGCAGUUUCUGUAA